AUGGAUGUCCAGAGUAGAUCAGUGCCAAUCCGCAUGGGAAAGAUGAAGAGCAUCAAAGAUGAGUGGAUGAAGAUAUACACACCAAUAGUUGAGAUAUGCAAGAUACAGAUACGAAUGAACAUCAAGGCGCGGACAAUAGAAAUGAGGACGUGUGAGCACACUGAAGAUCCAGCAUACUUGGAAAGAGCAGUACAAUACAUCAAAGCAAUCAAUCUGGGCUUUUCAAUUGAAGAUUCCAUGGCAAUCCUCAAGUUUAACGAUGUGUUUCUGGAUCAUCUUGAGAUUUCAGAGGUAAAGACGCUCAGGGGUAUUCAUGCAGAACGAGCGAUCGGACGGAUCAUAGGACGAGAGGGAAAGACAAAGGGCGCGAUUGAAGAGUUUAGCAAGGCAAAGGUGCUUGUGAAGGAUCAAAACGUGCAUAUUCUUGGAGUGGUAGAGGACAUCAGAAUCGCAAAAGAUGCUGUGUGCAGACUGAUAAUGGGAUCGAAGCCUGGAAGUGUUUUCAACAGACUACGCAUCAUUAACUCAAGGCUGAAGGAGAAGUAUGGAGGGCUUCAGACAGUAUAUGAGGACCAUCUUAGGAAAUAA